GGGGAGGUUUGGGAGUGGUAGGCAUGCUGCAAGCUGCAGGAUCUACAACCCAUGUAAUAGCUAUUCCAGGCAGCUAAACCACUGCAUCGCCCGCGCGUAGCUCCGCACUCUUAUUAAGGCAGUUCUUUCUCACAUCAAGUGUUUGGCCGUGCGUCGUAUCGGUUCCUUGCCGUGGGGGCAGUUGUGGCUGCAAGUGAAAAUGAUUGGGAUGCCGUUGUGCAUCGAGUAGGACUGCAACAGAUAUAUCGUAAGAGAUAUCCAAUUUAUUGAGUUAGCUUUGCUUCUCUUCAAGCAAAAAAAAAAGUUUAGCGCACAAUAAUUAUGUCAGCUUUGAUGGCAUACUUAUUCUGUGAGAAAGGAUGACCACUCUGUGAAGAAGGAUGACCAGCGAAUCUGUGUAUGUGGGCUCCUUAAUGGAUAACUGCACCUCGGCCGCGGGUCGGCCUGGCAUUGUACUAUCUUCGAGAUCAGCGCACGUAUGGGUAGUGCUUAACGCUUGCUUUACCUCCGCCGCGGGUCGGCCUGGCAGCGCACUUCCUUCGGUAUCGGCCAAUGUAGGGGCAGUUUCUGUCAGCACACGGACACGAUUCUGGGAGAACUAGCCCUUAACAGCUUCGCUAUAAAAUUUCUUACAUCUUUGUGCUUCUUAAUUAAUUAGUUAACCACGACCACAAACGCUGGAGCAGUCGCAACGACGCAUUCGACCAGUAGGAGAGUAGGAUGUCGAAAAUGAAAAUACGACCACGGAACGACCACGAUGCCAUCACGACAACUGUAUGAUGACGGUACUGUGACGACGACAGCAUGACGAGAAUCGGAUGAGAAAGCUGGAACGAUGACGAUGCUACGAUCAUGACGGCUUGACGACCACUAACAACUAGUGGCCAAUGUUGUUAGAUAACUUGGCCCACUGUGUCGGCGUAGUAUUCAUGACGAUGACGUCAUAACGGAGGUGAGAUGUUGAAGUUCACAUGACGGAGAUGGAGUGGCCACGAUGUCAGCACGGACUCGAGAACAUAUGUAGUGUCUCAAGUUGGUAGAAUCACGACUGCUAAUUGGGCUAGUUGGAAUGCUGGAUUCAAUGUUACGAAAAUUUCGUCCAAGCAUAAGGAACGAAGAGAAAAUACACGACAUCGGUGCUGCCUCACAACUGAAUUUUAUUGGGAUUCUUGAUAUAUACACAUCAAAUAACGUAAAGAAUACAGAGCAAAGAUCGCACAAAAACCACAACCAAAUCACUAUGCAGCAUUCUAGGAAGAUAUAGAAAGUCGUAGUUUCGGCCUAAAGGCGCACCAUCCAUUGCGAUAGUAAAUUAGUGGCCAGCUACACGAAGUAAGAAUACUAGUUUUAUCGGCCGUAUAAACUUGGGACACCUAGGCAUACUACACUCGUUGACAACUUUCUGUGGCUAUGAAUGGAAAGCUGCGGGCGUGCGGCUGUUGCACUCGUGUUACCGUUCCAAGUAGUCCGGCAGCCUGUCACAGUGGUUUUGGCUGUUCGCAACAGACGCUGAAUCGACGCAUCUCGCACUUGCCACAGUAUCGCGUUUCCCCAGAAGCGGAUGGGAAAAUCCACAAAAUAAGUAAACCAUUACACUGAGUGGUGCAUUCUGUCUUAUUUAACUGUUGCUAAUAAGGUAUUCAUGUUUUCUCUUUCCCUGCAUAAACUAACGUGGAUUAGAACGCGGAUCCCUCUUCGAAAGCGCUCGCAGUUAUGCGCGCUUUGCCUACUUACCUUUGCCUCCAUAGCGACAGAAUGUUGCCUCGAGAAUAACUAAAUUAACAAGCAUGGUGUCACGCGUGCUCAAGCCAACAUCCAACAAUCUCAAGCCAAUAUCUCAGUCGCUGACCGCGGAAACUCGCUGUCAGAACGCCCCAGUGAGGAAACGCGGCGGCAGCAGCGAGCAAAUUGAUCUCCAUGCAGCCGCUCGCAUCAACGCGAACUACGCCUUCAAUACACAGCGCAGCGCUGACUCCGUGCCCGUCGCAGAUAGCUUCAAGAUACAGCGGCCCGGCCGGGCUCGCGCGGCCGCCUGCAGCCGCUCGGGCCACAACGAGGUACUCGCGGGUCUGUGACGUUAUCCGCGAGCAUUUGAAACGUCCUCUUCUUGGAUGUGCCUUCGGGUUCCGCUCCCAAAAUUCUUGAGGGGGAAAGACGAUCGAGAGGAACGCACCAGUUGAAUUGGGCUCAGUGGCUUCCGCGUUGAUCGAGGCUUGCUGGCGUUCGUUGUCGGAGUUGAACUUGACUCCACUUCCUUUUUGUGUGGCGCGUUAUUACCGGACACAAGUUUCGUGUUGAUCCAGACGUCCGCGGUCACCAAUCAUAAUUCUCCAACGACAUCCGACAUGUUAUCGGCGAUCAGAAUGUACCUGCUGACACCCUGAGCCAUCUGAACGCUGCGACAGCACCUGCACGAAUUGCACCACUCGAUCAGCAGACUCUCGCCUCGCAUAAAGUUAAUGACCCCUAGCUCCUUCAACUGCGCUCGCCGAAUACAGGAGUGCGGUUGGGCAAAAUCCUGCUUGAUGGUGUCACACUCGUCUGCGACAAUUCUACAGGCACACCGAGACGAUUUGUCCCCUGCAUGUUACGCAAGCAGGUUUUCGACACACUGCACCAGUUCGGUCACCCCAGUGUUGGUGCCACACAACGGCUUAUGUCAUUGCGCUACGUAUUACCCCAGAUUGACGCCAAUGCAGGCGACUGGGUUCGAGCAUGCGCACCGUUCCAACGUACAAAAGUUCAUGGGUAUCCUGUUUACCCCGCACGCCAGUUUCUCCAACCUGAUUGUCGUUUCAACGUUGUUCAGAUUGACCUUGUUGGACCACUGCCACCUUGUCAGGGAUAUCGCAACCAGCUCACCUGUAUCGAAAGGUUUACCUGUUUGACAAAAGCAACGUCAGUUCAAGACAGCUCGGUUGCUAUGGUGGCGGCAGGUUUUGUCACAACAUGGGUUGCCCGCUUCGGAUGCCCUAGCAAAAGCUUUACUAGCAGAGGACAUCAAUUCGGUUCCGCUCUCUUUCAUGAGCUCCUGCCCUUGCUUGGCACAGUUUGAUGGCACACGGUCGCCUACCAUCCCCAAACCAAUGCCCCCGUUGGACGCUUUCAUCGACAUCUCAAGUCAGCGCUGAUGGCACAUGGCACGCCAUCAAAAUGACUUCAACAUCUGCCACUCGUUCUUCUGGAUAUACGGUGCGCCUUGAAGUCGGAUAUAGAGUGCUCGAGCGCGGAGCUUGUCUGCGGUACUACGCUCCGUCUGCCCAACGACUUCUGUUCACCACAACCACCUUCGGAUGCUCUGUCUACUCACGAAUAUGUGCACCUUCUUCACGUCUUCUUCCGCGAUACAAAACCAUGUCCGCCGCGACCAGUUCCAGCACGCACACCUUACGUUUAAGCUGACUUUGCCAACGCAACCCACGUCUUUCUACGGUACGGACCCGUUCGGCCUGCUCUCCACCCACACUACCUCGGACCCUUUCCCGUACUGGAAAGAUGAGAGUCCACAUACAUCGUGGACAUUCAUAGCAAACCUGACACCAUCGCAGUUGAUCGGCUGUUGCCAGCCUACUGCUAGGCUCCCAGAGUCGCAUCCUUUAAUUCAGCCUCGGACGUUUUCUAUCCGGUUGACGGGCAGGCUACUUCAGUCCGCCGAGUUUCAUGGACGAAGUGAUAUCGUUCGCAUAUCAUGCUGCUCUCUAGCGGUGGAGCUAUGUAGCCCCUACGACAUCGACGCGAUGGCCCCUAGAACGAAGAAGAGGUCAGGCGAUGCCACGAGCGUCGUGUGAGCUUGCUGGGCUGGGAACGGAAGAAAUAAAAGGUUGAGUUUCAGCUCUGGUGCUGAAUAAUGUCUCGUUCUCUGUCUCUCAUGUGCUCUACACAUACGCUAGAUAAAGUAUCGGGGCACCCUUUUGCAGCUUUCUUUUCACUACACGAUGCUGAUUAGACUGUGCAACGAUAAUUCUGCUCCUCUCGUACGCCGCACAGGAGGGAGGCAUGCGGGAAAGGAGGAAAACAAAGGAAACUAGAAACGCAAACUCGAGAGGGCCCACUCCCUCUCCGCGUCUCCUCAGUCUCGAUGGUUUUUGCCCUCCUCUCUAUCAGCUUAUCUAAACCCAGCUCUUGCAAGGAGCAAGGGUGCCGCUUUGUCCUCGUGGAGGCCCAUGUAGAUCGAGGCAAUGUCGUUUGGGUUUUGCUGAUCGUUGGUGCCGUUUCUUCGAGAACCUCAUGGACGCAUAAGUUGCGACGGUUUCUGAGACAUCAAACUUAGACAGCAGGUGAUUCUGGCAUGUUAAUUCCAUUUUUGUGUAUAGCAAUAAACUGCAUCGAAAAUAAAGAGAUUUGAAAUGCGGGCAUUUAUCAGCUUUCCUCUUCCAAUGUAAUUAAAUAUCAUAAUUGGUGGCAUUAUCUUCAUCGGUGUGCAUGCUGAGGCGCGAAGUUCAGAGGAUACAACUCAGUACAAGACAACUAUAUUUAUUUCUGAACAUCUGCUUUCCUUCCCAAAAUUAAUUCAAAUACACAUACCAAAUAACGCUACACUUGCAUAAAAUGAUUUCGCUUGUCUAAUUAGCAUUAGCAUGCUUUUAAUCUACCCCACCUUGUGUUUAUCAUCCUAGGAAUUGGCUUUCAUUGCUGCCAAAUUAAAUCAGUAGAGAUAACCAACAUUUUUAUCCACCUCUUAUAAGUGGAAACUAAAUGCAUGCAGCAGCUUAGUUAUGCCACCUGUUGCCGUUAGCUGAUUUUCCGUUUAGUUGUUAUCUACAAAGUUGGCCCAACUUUUUGGGAGGUGGUUGUACCGUCUCCGAUGGUGAAAAACACCCCUGAAGUGGAUUUCCGAACAACUGGGCUCACGCUGCAAUUUAACAUUGUGAAACAACACAAUGAAUCACCAAACAAUGUUACAUAUUUGGCGUUUAGGCAAGCAACAAAAUUUUACAUGGAAAAACUUGAGAGAUUGUCACUUUGCCCGCGUCUAUAGAGAUUACGAUCUGCGCACCUACUCCCGUUAGUCGAGCAAACAACAGGUUUUCUCGAGUCGGAGCCCUGGUAACACAAAGGAAGGAAAAUGACAAUUCUGUGCCGCUAGGAUUAUUGUGAGCAACAGGGAAGUAGGAUAAAACGCUGCGCGUUUUCUCCCCCGCUAUAGCCAGAAAAGUGUUACUGCAAACCCAUGUUUAUAUCCCCUUCAUUUGAUGAAUUGGAGCCAGGUUCUUGUAAAGGGGUAUGUUUUCAUGCUUUGUCUCUCACUUUCUUCAGCCCUAGAUGGAUCGCUGCGCUAGCGCCACAAAUAGAGAUGACGCGAUCAUCCAAAAACAAUUUCCUCCGAAUGACACUUCUCUAAGUGUGGUACAGCAAACGCAAGCUGAGCAACCGACGGGAAGCAAAGGGACCUUCUGACGCAGACACGUAGCUGGCGUUGUUCACCGUCCUUCAGUGACAGAAACAACAUUCUUUACCUUUGAUUUACUGUUUUUUUUUUCUCCCGACAAGGUCCUGCAGAAAAUAUUAUUCGAAGAUACAACAGUGAUUCCGUCCCUCAAGGGUGCCCGUUUCCUUUUAAUGUGUUGCUCUAGAACUGAUUACGAAGCCGGCCGACUUUCCGCCGAUGCUGUAGGGCAUUUAGGCAGUAAAAGUCACGUCAUACAGAAGAAACCCUGAAGAGGCCAUGGAUACAGACGCCUACAGGGACAUCGAAGGACUGCGUAUGCUAAAGUUCUUCGACGAGACCAACGUCCGCUUUGCUAUGGGCUAUGAACCAGGAGACGACGACGUAAUAAUUGUCAGUUAUCCUAAGUGCGGUACGACGUGGACACAAUACAUCGUGUCGAACCUCUUCACACGCGGGAACCCUCCCAAGACGACAGUAGACUUCAUGCUGUCCUCGCCCAUCAUAGAACUCACAGGUGUCGACGCCGUGCGCAAGAUGCCACGCCCUGGGGCCCUGAUGACGCACCUGCCAUACAACAAGUGCAAGCAUUCUUCGAGGGCCAAGUACAUCUACGUCACGAGAAACCCGUACGAUUGCUGCGUAUCUUACUAUCACUUUAGCAAACAUUUCACAUCAACUAAGUGUGGAGAUGUGUCUUUCGAUAAGUUUCUUUCUCUCUUUCUAUCUGGAAACUUGCUCUAUGGUGACUACUUUGAUCACCUCCUCUCGUGGUAUCCACAUCGAGACGACCCUAACGUACUCUUUUUGACUUAUGAGAAACUUCAAGAGGACACGGCUUACUGGGUGCUGCGCAUUGCCAACUUCUUGGGUGAACAAUACGGCAGCGCCCUCCGGAAUGACGAAGCAUUGCUGCUGAAGGUUCUCGACUCAUGUACUGUGCAGAACAUGAAAACGGUAUUUACCGACCCUACGAAGGUGUGGAUCCGGAAAGCGUUAAAUUUGCCACCAGAAAGGCGCCUAGCCUCCCUGGAAGCCUACAGACACAGCCUGGCUCACCGAGAAGAAACACAUCCUGGAGGCGGCCUGGUUCGUAAAGGUGUCGUGGGAGACUGGAAGAACCAUUUUUCUUUGGAGCAGAUCGAACGAAUGAAGCGCAGGAUAGCGGAGAAAACAGCCGUGGCACCGCAUGUCAUGAAUCUUUGGGAAGGUCUGCAGCUUCCAGUGUGAAGUCCAAACACCACCCUUGCGAGCAUUUCAGGUGCAGUUCCAGCAUCUAAAUGAAAUCCAUGAUGAGACGAUAAAUAAAAUUGCCUGUCGCUCUUAUUGACACUGAACACAGCAA